GAUCAUUAGCGCCACCUACCGGAUGUUGUGAUCUAUAUCCUAAACACGGCGGAAACGGAAGUGAGUCUUUGUUAAAGAUGGCGACCCCCUAUGUGACAGAUGAAUCUGGUAAGUAUAUCGCCGCUACGCAGCGUCCUGACGGCUCCUGGAGGAAACCGCGGCGAGUGAAGGACGGCUACGUCCCGCAGGAGGAGGUGCCGGUAUACGAGAACAAGUACGUGAAGUUCUUCAAGAGUAAACCGGACCUUCCGCCCGGCAUGAACCCGGAGCCGGCGCUCGAGAAGCACAGCGAUGGACUCUCCAGAACCGCCAAACGCAACAUGAAGCGCAAGGAGAAGCGCAAGCAGCAGAUCCAGACCCGGCCCGAGGAGGAGGAGGAGGAGGAGGAGGAGGAGCAGCGGGCCGUGAGCGAGGAGAUGCACGCGAUGAAGAUCACAGAGGAGGAGGAGGAGGAGCGGGUGAAUCCAGAACCAGAACCCGAAGCCUCGGACCCCACGGAGAGAGCCAAGAAGAUCAAGAGCCUGCGUAAGAAGCUGCGUCAGGUGGAGGAGCUCCAGCUCAAGAUCCGGUCCGGGGAACUGAGCAGUCCGACACGCGAGCAGCUCGACAAACUGGGGCGGAGCCAGGCCUUACGGGCGGAGCUACAGCUGCUGGGGGCGGGGUUAUGAGGCUGUCAAUCAUCUGGGUGUGUGUGUGUGUGUGUCAGUCAGAGCUGUAACCGCUUCAUUCUUGUGUUUUAUACAUCAUGGAGACUCUCCGGACUCUCUCCGCAGAUCCUGCAGGAGCGCUAAUGGUUUCAUCCGGAGCCGCGGGAGCUAACGCUAGUUACCAAUGAGCCUCACUGACUGAUGGACUGAAUCUCAUCAUGAUGUCAAUUUUUUUACCACCGUAGUGCAUAACUGCAUGAAAUAACAAUGUGUAGAAUUGUGUUAUAUUAAACAUAGCAUAACAAA